CACGUGUCGGCAAUUUACAUACAAAAUGUCGUGGAUCGCGCAAUCAAUACUUAAUGUUUAACACGCGAUCUACGAUCCGCGAUCCGUAUUUGAAAAUAUUAAAAUAUUUUGUGAUAUGGACGCAAUCCAUCAAUAUUACUUGCUACACGUUCAAUAAAUAUCGCGAUCUCGGAUCGUGGUCAAUAUAAUGUAGGGUGAUCCCUUUCGAACUUCCCCAUUUUUUAAAGAAAAAACACAGAAAAUUCAAGUUUAAUGGUGAAUGUUUAUUAUCAUUCUUAAAAAUAUUCUUUGGCAUUUAUUUUUUGAAGAUUAUCUCUUUCAAAUGUUGGCCGCGGGUACAUCUCAGAUGGUCCAUCCAUUGAGUCCAAUUUUUGAUGACUCGUUCGAUCAUUUCGACUGGUAACUGGCGAAUGACACGCGUGAUGUUUUGUUUCAAGGCCCGAAUCGAAGCGGGAUUGUCCGCAUAGACUUAAGACUUUACAUAUCCCCACAGGAAAAAGUCUAACAGUGUUAUAUAACACGAUUGGCCAUCAAAAUCGACCGGCCCAAAACGUGAAAUUAUUUGCUCAUCGAAGUGUUCUCUCAAUAAAUCCAUUCAUUGAUAGGAUUUGUGGGAAAUGGCUCCGUCUUGUUGAAACUAAAUGUAGCUGAGAUCACGAGCUUCAAUUUCAGGCAUCAAAUAGUCGGUUAUCAUGCCGCGAUAACGGUCGCCAUUGACGGUGACGUUCUCACCGGCAUCAUUUUUGACGAAAUAUGGAUCGAUGAUUCCAUCGGCCCACAAACCACACCAAACCGUUGUUUUUAAAUUUUUCUGGAUGAAAUGACAGCUCUUGAUUCUCUUCAGGAAGCUCUUCAUCUCUCAUAACUGAACAAAAUUUGGCUCGAAAACGUCGGAUCUUCUUGGAACUUUUCAAGAGCCCAUAGAGCGAAGCGAUGUCGCUUGGGAAGGUCGAGCGGCUUCAGUUCCUGCACAAGCUGUAUUUUGUACGCUUUUAAUUUGAGGACUCGACGUUAAAUACGCUAAAUCGUUCCAUACGUCAGUCCGAGUUGCUGCGAACAGCGCCGGAUCGACUCCCCACGGUCUUCGUGUACGCUCUCAGCUACGACCGCUAUAUUUUCUUCACUGCGUACUGGACAUGGUCUAUUCGGUCGAAUAUUAUCCAAUAAUGAAUGCUGGGUCUCAGUACGCCGAUUAUUUUGACAAUAAUUUGAGCGAAGCCUGCGAAACACAUUCUUUACAGAACGUGAAUUUUUGUAAUAAAGUUGAACAAUUUGUAAACAUUGUUCAUACGUAAGUCUUUCCAUGAUGAAAUGCUAAACCAUACUGAACGCAAAUAACAUACCAGCUUGACACGACUCACGAUUGAUCUGUCAAACAGAGGCUAUUGAAUAAGGUACUUCUAUUUGGAUCACCUUUUAUAUUGAAUGUGUAGCAGUUGCAGUUCAUUAUUGCAAUGAAGUGAGUUAAUAGUCUCUUAAAAGUUUUUUAAAUGUUGCAUUAGAGUUGUGAAUGGCUUUUUGUAUAAGAAGAAGAAGCAAGAUUGCGGAUUUUCGCCGAAAUUUGUCACUUUCAUAUUGAAAGAGUAGUCAAAGAAAAAGAAGUUCAAAGCAUUGUGCAUACUAGUUUACCAAAAGAAAACAAAGUAGUGAUUUUACAAAAUUUUCGCUUGGCAAGUAAAUUAAAAUAUUUUAAUUGAAAAUGGACGGAGAUUCAAAUCAACAUAGUGCCUCGUCCACGUUGGAGAUACCACCAAAGGGAGUAAUAGGGGCUAGUGAUGAACUUGAAGAAUCAUCAUCGGCGGUAAGUGAAAGCGUGUCACCGAAAAAGAUUGAUACGGUCAAUACUUUAAAAGAAACGACUGAAAAUGAGGCGAGAACUGAGGAACAACCGCCAACAAAGCGGCCCAAAUCUGAUUUAGAUGAUGAAAGUGGUCUGGGGAAUGUUUCCACCACAUCGAUAGCCGGAACCGUGUCAGAUAUAAUUGCGUUAAAGCCAAAAGAUUUUACUUUGGAUGCAGAAGAAUUGAAGAAUGCACUGCCGCGCAAAUUCCAACGCAUUCCUAUUUUUAUUGCGGACUAUCACAAUGAUGUGUUGGAAUUUAUAUUUCGUUGUUUGGCUACACGACACUUGCCACUAGAGAAUAAUAUACUGAUACAUUUUGAUUCUCAUCCUGAUAUGGUUAUAUCACGAGAAAUUCCCGCUAGUGCUUCUUUUGACAAGGAAACGAUGUUGGCCGAACUUAGCAUUGAAAAUUGGAUUAUGCCAGCUUGUUAUGCAGGACAUUUUAAUAGAGUAAUUUGGUUGAAAAAUUCUUGGUGCCAACAAAUUCCUAUAGGCAAAUAUAACUUUCAGAUUGGCCAUAAAAAUGAUAAAAUUAGUGUCGAUUGCCCGCUUGAUUAUUUUAUAUCUGAAGGUAACUAUUGUGAUACAAAAGAAUUGAUGGAUACACGCAAUAUGGAACUACAAGUAAUUAAUGUAGAUACAUCAAGUGAUAGUGCACCGAUUGACACCGCACAGUUCAUUAAAGAGGCGGAUGGACCAAAUUUUGUCUUAGACAUUGAUUUGGAUUUCUUUAGUACUUCAAAUCCAUUUUUAGAAAUUUAUAAAGAUGCAAAUUGUUAUAAACAACUUACCGAUAUCUUUCACUUUGAACCAGAAGUUAAAGACUGUGGUGGUACAACUGAGCGACGCAAAUUACAAUUGGAAGCACUUAAAAAAAUAUUUGAACAUUUGGAAGAAACAAGAACAUUGGACGGUCUAACACCGGCACCCGAUCCGAACAUUAUUGCGCCAGAGACUUAUGCACGCAUUGAGAAUCUAGCCAAAUCGCUACAGAAACAUUAUGCAGACGAUGAGAUAGACUGGCUGCUUAUAUAUGAUUCGGGUAGUACCACCGAUACAAAUGGAUUACCACAUCACAUCAGCACAUCCAAAGAAUUAGAACAAUAUAUUGGACAAUUUAAAUGUUUAUUACAAAAUUUACCCUCUCCACCGGUGCUUAUAACAAUGGCAUGCUCUGCCGAAGAUGACUACUGUCCCAAACAUCAAGUGGGAGUUAUUCAAGAAAGAGUAUUACAAGUGUUGCGUGAAGUCUUUGGCGAUCGUUUACAUGAUAAACCUAUACUACAUUAUUUGGACGAAGAAUGGGACGUUAUGCAGUUGUAAUAUGUUAAUUCGGGAUUCAAAGGCUGUGUUUAAGAGUGCGUCUGUAUGGCGUACACUUGAAGGAAUCGGCAUUAUUCAUGGCUGCUGAGUUCAUAUAGUUCCACCAUUGCAAAUUAACAUAUGAAACACUCUACUAACUCUAAGUAAGUAUGUAUACAUAAUUAGUUAAAUAUGUUUAAUGGCUAUGCUUGACCCAUACGCCAUGUAAACAAAUUAUGACAACUUUUUCCAGUGUACGUACUGUGCACAAUUUAUACAUAGUUUGUAAGAGAUGAUGUAGUAAUUAUAGAAUAUUAUUUUUUAUUAAAAAGUCAGACAUGUGUACUAAUAAAUAUUUAAAAAAUUAAUUAUAUAAAUGAUAUUAUCCUGGAGAACUACUAACUAAGUAAAUAUAAACAUAUGCUAUAAAACUCGAAGAAAUUACUUAAGUGUCAAAGGAAAGCACGAUUUAAUAAAGGAGCUUUUAAAGCUCAUUUUAUCGCAAAAAAAA